UCGAAAUUCUAAAGGGCGCCAUCUCCUGUCGUGGGGAAGCUUUGCCAGUUGCUACUUCAUUAGAGAUACACGAAGUGGGUUUCAUACAACAUGCCAAUAAGUUGAAAGUGAAACCGACUUCCUCUUUCUUCACCAUAAGGAUUCUGUCUUUCUGCCUCUUACCGAUUCUAUCCCUCUCUCUUCUUCUUGCCACUCUUGGUUCGCUCCAUACUCCAGAUAUGGUAGACAACUGCAUCACCAACAGUUAUGAAGAGAUUCGGAAACAACGACUGGAGGAAAAUAGGAAAAGAUUCGAGGAUUUGGGAAUUGCGAAGAUUUCAAAGAGCUUGCAACAGCUUUCUAACCCGGAGAAGAAGUCUCCGCAACGUCUUUCAAAACCCAAACAAAAGACAGUCUAUGCCAUGGAAUCAAGGCGGUCUUCCCGUGCCCGAAACCCCGUUCCUUCUUAUCGGGAGGAUUUGGACGUAGAACUUCCAUGUUCGCGGAGGUCAAGAUCAAGUACAUCGUCAUGGGCAAGCUAUAUUGCCCGGCCCCUGGAUGAGUGUAGAACUGCUUCUUUUGAAGAGAGGGCUCAAGCUUUAAAGGUUGCAGACGAUUUCAAAAGCAGUCUCCAAUCGGGAAAUCCAUCUUUUACCAAAUCAAUGGUUCGGUCUCAUGUUUAUAGCUGCUUUUGGUUGGGACUACCAACAAAGUUCUGCGUGGAUUUUCUUCCAAAAUCAACAGUGGAUAUGGUAUUAGAGGAUGAAGAUGGCAAAGAAUUUGAUGCUAUCUACAUUGGUAGAAGGACCGGGCUUAGUGGUGGCUGGAGGGCCUUUGCUUUGGAACAUAAGUUAGACGAUGGUGACGGACUGGUGUUUGAAUUGAUUGAAUCAAACAGAUUUAAGAUUUACAUAUUUAGAGUAUCGUUGCUUUCAAGUCAACAACAUACCACAAUUGUCCCACUUAGCAGCACUGAUCAAGAACCGGCCACUCAUGCCAGAAAGAGAAAGAUGCCGGCCAUAAAACCUGACUUGGAGUCGGAUCAGACAGAGAAGGCAGAGCAACCUACAAUCCUUAAAAAGAAUCAAAAGUGCAAACGAAGAAAUGUAGAAGUAACUGAAGGAGAAUUGUUGAUUGAUGAUCUAAAGGAAAAGAAAGAAUCCGUUCCUGAAAAUGGCAGUGACUCACCUACGAAAGGAUUAGGUCUGGGCAAGAAUACUACUGUUGCUUUUAAGCCCAGAAGAAAACCAGCUCCCCGAUAUUUACAAAAAAGAUCAUAGAAAUGAAGAAAGUACGUUGUAUUAGUCUCUGGCAGGGCCUUCCCCAAAUAUUUAAUAGCAACCACAGUUGGAAAUUGUUAAACCUUGAAGAAGGCAUUCUCUCUCUCUCAACGACAGAAAUUAUAUUGAAACUCGUUCUUCAGGAACAAUUAUAUGUAGAAGUUUUUAGUUUUUGACUGCUGCAAGAUCGUAAA